AUGCAGCGGCACGUUGCAGCAGCGACUUUUACAGGGCCAGACCCAUGGACCCAAGAGCUGCGACCCAGCAAUCUGCCAAUGGAAGGGGAGGUGUGCAACGCGAUCCGCCGAGGCCCCGCUGUCGAAGCAUUUUGGAAACCGUACCGAAUCGGCCUCGAGGAAAAUGCCGAGAUUGGACCCGAGCUGCGAAAAGAAAGGCUCAUCUAUGUGGUUGAGGGUUCCACGGACGGAGCGGACAGCGACGCAGUGGAACGACGAACACUAUCUGCCCCUGGGGUUUGCGCAUUCUGCAAGGCACCGCAUUCCAACAUUGAAGUCUUGGAACGGAAACCUGACUUGAGCCCUAUGCAAAAGAAUCCAAUGGGAGGCCCACACACGCCUUGGUGA